AUGCCUGCGCUUUACUCUUCUUUCCUUCCUUUGCUCUCUCCUGCAGCUGAGGUCUCUACAGGAGGAACAAUCCAACUGAAAAAGCAGGACAGCUUUUACGGCUCAGUUACUUUUAUCGUCAUGUUGUGUUGUAAGUAUUUCGUCUUUAUUUGUCACUCAGUCCAGAGAGGUUAUUUUGUUGGCAGCAAACGAAGCUUUUAAAGACGGAGUGCUGAUGUAGACACGUGUAAAUUAGCUGAUGCCAUUUUGUGUCAGUCACAACCUGAGAGUUAUGUGCACUUACAUCGCCCUCCAGCUUCUUUAUACUGAAUGAAACAUACAGAUGGCUCUUUAUAUAUUACCUAAUCUGAAUGGAUUUAAUGUUCUUGUGUAUAUUAUACUUAAAGUGUCUGAUUCCUCUCUCAUUCUCGGUUCCCCAUAGUGUAUCUUGGGCCAUGCAGAGGACACGUGUGUGAGCCAGAUGGAGGAUGACUGCUGUGUUUGAGCUUCGACAGAAGAAGGCUUAAGAUCAGACGAGUCCUGUUGAAACACAACAGUCUGCCCAAACACAAUGAUAACCUGAGAGAAUGGGUAAAGAGAAGAGGCUUUGGCAAACCACGAGAGAUGGAAAUGUACGUAUAAGUGUGCUGUGUGACUUCACUUGAGAUAUGGUAUGAUUAUGUAUAAGCUACUUAUUAAACUGUGAUUGUAAGCUGCAUCUUUGACAGCCUGGGCCCUCUACUGUGAGAUAACCCGGGUUUUACUAUUUUAGAUGCAACAUUAAAUGUCCCUGCGCUUUCUGCCCGCCUAUUCAUGGCGUCUCGGAUUGAAUCGGGGAGGAUAAACUUUAAAAAAUUAAGGUAUUAAACUGCUUCACAUUUUGUCUUCUUUUAGGUAAUAGAUUUUGUAUUUGCUCAAUCUCAGGUUUAAAGGUUUGGAAAUGUAACCUGAGAAGAUGUUACAGCAGCCUGAGGGUUGGAGAGCCCGUACUUUUCAAGUGAGUACAUAUAACUUGGUCAAACUGCAUCCACUGAUAGACCUGAAGCAGCUUUUUUUGGCUUCUGGGUUUGCAAAGAGGUGCCAAACUAAACAUUCCUCGCUCUUUCUGACUGCUACAGUCCAUAGCAGCACAGAUUGAAUUGAGGAAUACAGUCUAAGUUGAUGAACAUUGACAAAGGUUAGAUGUUAAAAAUUUGAGUCAGGAUGUUGAGCAAGGACUUAAAAUCAUCAAGCUCUUUAGAAACAAGUAGUUUAAAAAAGCAGGAUUAUACUUUAGCUAAUAUCUAUGUUCCAUAUUUAUUUGCUGUUUUGUUUUCCUCUUGUAGGUGA